AUGUAUAAAGCUCUGAUAUUGGUUAUCUUAGUUAUUAUUGGAAUAGCUUCUGCUUCUCGAUCGAUUAAUACUACGCCAAAAAAACUUCGACCACUAAGUCCAAGGUCUAGUCCAACAAAAGCGAACGCUGAUCUUUGUCCAACAUGCAUUGAAGAGGCUGUAGAAAUCAUUAAUAUUUUGCUUAACUUGGUUCUUGAUGAAGGAAUUAUUCAGUCCUGCGAUAUUUUGUGUGGAGCUCUUGCCAAUAAAACUGGUUCGAAAAUUGUUGGUGAUCUCUGUGAUGUUGCAUGUGACGCAUUUGGUAUUGAUGAGUUUGUUAAAUUAAUCAUUAAAGCUGAUAUUAAUCCUAUUUGGUAUUGUGAACUAGCUAAGCUUUGCCCAGUUAAUGACCAUGGUGAUGCUAAAUUUACAAAUUUUGGUAUUGCACCUAAAAGUGCUCCUGAUGGUUCUAAAUUUAUAUUUGAUUGUUCUUUUGUUAGUAUUAAUGGUACGGGUACAGGUACGAUUGUUAUUGACAUGGUUGAUCCUAAAAAUCGAACAAUCUCUAAUCUUUACUGGUUCGAAGCAAGAAAACCUGGAACAUAUCCAGAGAAAAUUGGUCUUCAGACUUUAGUUGAAUUUAAUUGUGAUCCUAUAACAGGUGUUUGUGAUGGUUGGCCAAUAGGUACUUAUAAUGUUACUGCACAAGUAUGCAAUGGAGUAUGUGGUUCAAUUCAUCCACAUACGUCUAUUUAUGAUACAGCUAAAGGCUCAUUUGAACUUACAAAGAAAAAAGUCUUCUUUUAA